CGACGUGCUCGCGCCCGCAGACGCCCUGGGAACGGCGGCCGCGGGCUCGCGCUCCCAGCUCGACCUGCUGCCGGGCUGUGGCUGCGUGCUCCGCGAUGUCGCGCCGGAAGCCGGUCUCUGGUGGCGCCGCUCCCGCCGGCCCAGGCCCUGCAAGGCAGGCGGUUUUGAGCAGAUUCUUCCAGUUUACGGGAAGCCUGAAAUCCACCUCCUCCGCAACGGGUACAGCCGAGAAGGCGGAUCCUGACUCUGACUCCGCAGCGCCCCUAGCGGCCACUCUCCCGCCUCAGUUGCCGCCACACGUGGUGGGUUCGGUCCAGGGCGGGGCGGGGCCAUCGGUUGCAGAAAUCGAUAGGAGUAAGAAGAGACCACUGGAGAGUGAUGGGCCUGUUAAAAAGAAAGCAAAGAAAGUCCAAGAAAAGGAAGAAGGAAGUGAUUCAGUAAUGUCUGGGAACGCUGAGCCAAAGAAACAUCUGAGGACCAGGAUUGUUUUAAAGUCUCUGGAAAAAUUGAAAGAAUUCUGCUGCGAUUCUGCCCUUCCUCAAAAUAGAGUCCAGACAGAGUCUCUUCAGAAGAGAUUUGCAGUUCUGCCAAAAUGUACUGAUUUUGAUGAUAUCGAUCUUCUACGUGCAAAGAAUGCAGUUUCUUCUGAAGAUUCCAAAUCUCAAACUAGUCAAAAGGACAAGACACUCAGUCAUUGUGGAUCAUCACAUAGCAGUUGUGAAAACUUACAGAAGACUUCUGAUUCUAAACCAUCUAACAAACGGACCAAAAGCAUCUACACCCCCUUAGAAUUACAAUACAUAGAAAUGAAGCAGCAGCAGAAAGAUGCAAUUUUGUGUGUGGAAUGUGGAUAUAAGUAUAGAUUCUUUGGGGAAGAUGCAGAGAUUGCAGCCCGGGAGCUCAAUAUCUAUUGCCAUUUAGAUCACAACUUUAUGACAGCAAGCAUACCUACUCACCGGCUGUUUGUUCACGUACGCCGCCUUGUGGCCAAGGGAUAUAAGGUGGGAGUUGUGAAACAAACUGAAACAGCUGCGUUAAAAGCCAUUGGGGACAGCAAAAGUUCACUCUUUUCCCGGAAAUUGACUGCUCUUUAUACAAAAUCUACACUUAUUGGAGAAGAUGUAAAUCCUUUAGUCAAGCUGGAUGAUGCUGUUAAUGUCGAUGAGAUAAUGACUGAUACUUCUACCAGCUAUCUUCUGUGUAUCUGUGAAAAUAAGGAAAAUGUUAAAGACAAAAAAAAGGGGAACGUUUUCAUUGGACUUGUGGGGGUGCAGCCCACCACAGGUGAGGUUGUGUUCGACAGUUUCCAGGACUCUGCUUCCCGUUCAGAGCUAGAAACUCGGAUAUUAUGCCUGCAGCCAGUGGAGCUUCUGCUUCCAUCAGACUUGUCAGAGCAAACAGAGAUGCUCAUCCACAGGACCACAGCUGUGAGCAUGCGGGAUGACAGAAUUCGAGUAGAAAGGAUGGAUAACAUGUAUUUUGAAUACAGCCACGCUUUCCAAGAGGUUACAGAAUUUUAUGCAAAAGACAUAGUUGACGGUAAAGGUUCUCAAAGUUUUUCUGGCAUCAUUAACUUGGAAAAGCCUGUGAUUUGCUCUUUGGCUGCCAUAAUAAGAUAUCUGAAAGAAUUUAACUUGGAAAAGGUGCUUUCCAAACCCAAGAAUUUUAAACAGUUGUCAGGUGAAAUGGAAUUUAUGACAAUUAAUGGAACAACAUUAAGGAACCUGGAAAUCCUUCAGAAUCAGACUGAUAUGAAAACCAAAGGAAGUUUAUUUUGGGUUUUAGACCAUACUAAAACUUCAUUUGGGAGACGGAAGUUAAAGAAGUGGGUGACCCAGCCACUCCUUAAACUAAGGGAGAUAAAUGCUCGACUUGAUGCUGUAUCUGAAGUUCUCCAUUCAGAAUCCAGUGUGUUUGGCCAGAUAGAAAAUCAUCUACGUAAAUUGCCUGACAUCGAAAGAGGACUCUGUAGCAUUUAUCACAAAAAAGAAAAAUAUUUCUAUUUUCAGUGUUCUACGCAAGAGUUCUUCCUGAUUGUCAAAACCCUGUAUCACCUGAAGUCAGAAUUUCAAGCACUAAUACCUGCUGUUAAUUCCCAUGUUCAGUCAGAGUUGCUCCAGACAUUUAUUUCAAAAAUUCCUGAACUCCUCAGUCCAGUGGAGCAUUACUUAAAGAUUCUCAAUGAACAAGCUGCCAAGAUUGGGGAUAAAACCGAAUUAUUCAAAGACCUUUCUCACUUCCCUUUAAUAAAAAAGAGGAAGGACGAAAUUCAGGAAGUUACUGACAAGAUCCAAACACAUUUGCAAGAAAUACGAAAAAUACUAAAAAAUCCUUCUGCACAAUAUGUGACAGUAUCAGGACAGGAGUUUAUGAUUGAGGUAAAGAAUUCUGCUGUAUCUUGUAUACCAACUGAUUGGGUUAAGGUUGGAAGCACAAAAGCUGUGAGCCGCUUUCACUCUCCUUUUAUUGUAGAAAAUUACAGACAUCUGAAUCAGCUCCGGGAGCAGCUAGUCCUUGACUGCAGUGCUGAAUGGCUUGAUUUUCUAGAGAACUUCAGUGAACAUUAUCACUCCUUGUGUAAAGCAGUACAUCACCUAGCAACUGUUGACUGCAUUUUCUCCUUGGCCAAGGUCGCUAAGCAAGGAGAUUACUGCAGACCAACUCUACAAGAAGAAAGGAAAAUCAUAAUAAAAAAUGGCCGGCACCCUGUGAUUGACGUGCUGCUGGGAGAACAGGGCCAGUAUGUUCCCAAUAGUACAAAUUUGUUGGGGGACUCAGAGAGAGUAAUGAUAAUUACUGGACCAAACAUGGGUGGAAAGAGCUCCUACAUAAAGCAAGUUGCAUUGAUUACUAUCAUGGCUCAGAUUGGCUCCUAUGUUCCGGCAGAGGAAGCAACAGUUGGAAUUGUGGAUGGCAUUUUCACAAGGAUGGGGGCUGCAGAUAACAUAUGUAAAGGACAGAGUACAUUUAUGGAAGAACUGGCUGACACAGCAGAAAUAAUAAGAAAAGCAACAUCACAGUCUUUGGUUAUCUUGGAUGAAUUGGGAAGAGGGACAAGCACCCAUGAUGGAAUCGCCAUUGCUUAUGCUACACUUGAGCAUUUUAUUAGAGAUGUGAAAUCCUUAACCCUCUUUGUUACCCAUUAUCCACCAGUCUGUGAAUUAGAAAAAAGUUACUCACAACAGGUGGGGAAUUAUCACAUGGGAUUCUUGGUCAACGAGGAUGAAAGCAAACAGGACCCAGGUGAAGAAGACCAGGUUCCUGAUUUUGUCACCUUUCUUUAUCAAAUAACCAGAGGAGUUGCAGCAAGGAGUUAUGGACUCAAUGUGGCUAAACUAGCAGAUGUUCCUGGAGAAAUUUUAAAGAAAGCAGCUAGCAAAUCAAAAGAGCUGGAAGGAUUAGUAAAUAUGAAAAGGAAAAGGCUAAAGUGUUUUGCGAAGUUAUGGACGAUAAAUGAUGCAAAUGAUUUGCAAAAGUGGAUGGAUGAGUUCAAACUGGAAGAAAUUACAGACUUCUCUUCCUGAUGAAAAUGAAGACUACGUUUUGGAACCAAAAAAUAAAGAAUUAAAAAUACCAACUGUAUAAAACAACUCUCUAGUAACAACCCAUCUUUGUGUGACCUGAGCAUAAAACCUGACCGUGGUAUAUUCCUUUUAGAAACAGGGAGGCCUUUUGUGUAGAAAGUCUGUUUCAGGUUCCUGCCAUCCUUUUAAAAGUAUAAACACUUUUGAAUAUUAAGAUUUCUAUCAUGUCAUUAGAAAAUCUCAUGGAUGGUAAGAUUCAAAUAAAAUCAGAAACUUCUAAGUAAAACCUGGAGUGGUAGAAUAUAUAGUUCAUGAACUUUUAGAGUGAUAUAAAAAUUUAAUGCAUAAUUUUAUUUGUUUCAGUUCAGAUAAUUUGCAGCUGGUUGAAAUGUCUUGCAGGAAUAUACGUUUUCAUUCGAACUAAAAUAAUUUUAUAAUGCCGCCAGUUUAUUCACUGUAAGCAUAAGAAUUUUUGAAGAGAAAUAGAAGGUAUUAUCAGGCUUUUAGAAACUAGAGCACAGAAAGAGUAAGGUCAUAUGAAAUUUGAAAAGCUAAAUAUUGUCAUAGUUUUAAGCAAUUUGAAGGUUGUUGGAUUAAAUUAUUUGUCAUUCAUUCAAGUAAUAAACAUGUGAUGAAUA